GUUCCAUUUCACCUCCCAGUACGGUUGGCUUGGGAUCUCUCACAUUCCAUCUCCCGAGAUUCCCAUUCCUUGUUUAUUCGAUCUUUUCCGUUUUUUCCAACGUCUUGAAGGCACGCCUUUUCAUCGUCGCCACUGUCCGACGAGCUGCGACCGGGCAUCCUCUCGAGCGCGUCGCGCCCCGUUUGCGCUCAUCUCGAAACCCUUGGCCUCCUGAUCGAAGUGGUUGAAGGAAAAAUAUCCGACAAGAUGGCAGACUACGAUGAGGCGUACGAGGAGGAGUUUUACGACGAUGACAUGGAGGAGGGCAUCACAUCGGAGGACUGCUGGACGGUGAUUUCAUCGUUUUUCGACACCAAAGGUUUGGUCUCGCAGCAGCUGGACUCGUUCGACGAGUUCAUCUCCUCGACGAUGCAGGAGCUUGUGGAGGAACAGGGGCAGGUUACGCUUGAUCAGACGCUGCCGCCGGACGAGGAUGAAGUCGAUCCCAUCGUCCUUCGUCGAUAUGAGCUCAAGUUCGGAACCGUCAUGCUUUCUCGACCGUCCGUUACAGAGGGUGAUGGCGCCACUACGAUCAUGUUGCCUCAGGAAGCCCGUCUGCGGAACUUGACCUACGCGAGUCCGCUUUAUCUCGGAAUUACGAAGAAGAUCAUGGAAGGUCGCGAGCGGCUGGUCGCUGACCGGGACGAGGAUGAUGUGGAGCCGAUGGAGGACCGGAAGAGCCACGGGACCUACCUUCAGUGGGAGCAGAAGGAGCUUCCGGCUGACCAGGCAAAGGAGGAGACUGUCUUCAUUGGAAAGAUCCCUAUCAUGCUAAAGUCCAAGUACUGUAUCCUGAAGGACCUCAGCGAACAAGCGCUCUACAACUGGAAUGAAUGCCCCUACGACUCGGGUGGUUAUUUUAUCAUCAACGGUAGUGAGAAGGUUUUGAUCGCUCAGGAACGGAGUGCUGGAAACACGGUCCAGGUGUUUAAGAAGGCUCCCCCAAGUCCGACGCCUUACGUGGCAGAAAUCCGCAGUGCUGUCGAGAAAGGUUCCCGACUCCUGUCUCAGCUGUCUCUCAAGCUAUUCGCCAAGGGAGAUACCGCCAAGGGUGGAUUUGGCCCUACGAUCCGCUCGACCCUGCCCUACGUGAAGACGGAUAUUCCUAUCGUUGUUGUGUUCCGAGCGCUCGGUGUCGUUUCGGACGAAGAUAUUCUCAACCAUAUUUGCUACGACCGGAACGAUACCGCGAUGCUGGAGAUGCUGAAGCCCUGUAUUGAGGAGGGCUUUGUUAUCCAGGAUCGCGAGGUUGCUCUAGAUUUCAUUGCCAAGCGUGGCUCUUCUCAGUCAAGCAUGAACCAUGACCGCCGUGUACGAUAUGCGCGGGACAUCAUGCAGAAGGAGUUGCUGCCGCAUAUUUCCCAGAGUGAAGGCAGCGAGACCCGCAAGGCUUUCUUCUUGGGCUACAUGGUGCACCGACUCCUCCAGGCUGCGCUGGGUCGCCGGGAUCCCGACGAUCGUGACCACUUCGGAAAGAAGCGUUUGGACCUGGCCGGUCCGCUGCUCGCCAACUUGUUCCGUGUCCUCUUCACUCGAGUGACGCGCGAUCUCCAGCGAUACGUGCAGCGCUGCGUGGAGACCAACCGUGAAAUCUACUUGAACAUCGGUAUCAAGGCCAGCACCUUGACGGGAGGUCUGAAAUAUGCCCUCGCCACGGGUAACUGGGGCGAGCAGAAGAAGGCGGCCAGUUCCAAGGCCGGUGUGUCGCAGGUGCUCAGUCGUUAUACCUACGCCUCAACCCUGUCCCAUUUGCGUCGGACCAACACCCCCAUUGGUCGAGACGGCAAGAUCGCCAAGCCCCGUCAACUGCACAACACGCACUGGGGCUUGGUCUGUCCCGCCGAGACGCCUGAAGGUCAGGCUUGUGGUCUUGUUAAGAAUCUGGCACUUAUGUGUUACAUCACUGUCGGUACUCCCAGUGAGCCUAUCAUCGAUUUCAUGAUUCAGCGGAACAUGGAGGUUCUCGAGGAAUUCGAGCCCCAGGUCACACCGAACGCCACCAAGGUGUUUGUGAACGGCGUGUGGGUUGGAAUUCACCGCGACCCGGCGCACCUGGUCAAUACGAUGCAGUCGCUGCGCCGGCGGAACAUGAUCUCGCACGAGGUCAGUCUGAUUCGUGACAUCCGUGAGCGGGAGUUCAAGAUCUUCACCGAUGCCGGGCGCGUGUGCCGUCCGUUGUUCGUGAUUGACAACGACCCGAAGAGCGAGAAUUGCGGAUCGUUGGUUCUCAACAAGGAGCACAUCCGCAAGCUCGAGCAGGACCGAGAGCUGCCGCCGGACCUGGACCCGGAAGAGCGCCGGGAACGCUACUUCGGAUGGGAUGGUCUGGUGAAGUCCGGAGCGGUCGAGUACGUCGAUGCAGAGGAAGAAGAAACGAUCAUGAUCGUUAUGACCCCCGAGGAUUUGGAGAUCUCCAAGCAGCUCCAGGCCGGCUACGCACUCCCCGAGGAAGAGCUGCAUGACCCGAACAAGCGUGUGCGUUCCAUCCUAAGUCAGCGGGCUCACACAUGGACGCAUUGUGAGAUCCACCCUAGUAUGAUUCUCGGGGUGUGCGCCAGUAUCAUUCCGUUCCCCGAUCACAACCAGUCGCCUCGUAACACCUACCAGGCGGCCAUGGGUAAGCAAGCCAUGGGUGUGUUCUUGACCAACUUCGACCAGCGGAUGGAGACGAUGGCCAAUAUCCUGUACUACCCGCAGAAGCCUCUAGCGACCACGCGGUCUAUGGAGUUCCUGCGGUUCCGUGAGCUUCCCGCCGGGCAGAACGCGAUUGUGGCCAUUGCCACCUACUCGGGAUACAACCAGGAAGAUUCCGUCAUCAUGAACCAGAGCAGCAUCGACCGCGGCUUGUUCCGCAGUCUGUUCUACCGCACGUACACGGACUCGGAGAAGAUGGUGGGUCUGACGGUGGUGGAGCGGUUUGAGAAGCCGAUGCGGUCCGACACGCUCGGCAUGCGCAAGGGGACGUACGACAAGAUUGACGACGAUGGUAUCAUCGCUCCCGGUGUGCGUGUGUCGGGUGAGGAUAUCAUCAUCGGCAAGACGGCGCCUCUGGCCCCCGAGGCGGAGGAGCUGGGCCAGCGGACUAAGUCGCACACCAAGCUGGACGUGUCGACGCCGCUGCGCAGCACGGAGAGUGGUAUCGUGGACCAGGUGCUGGUGUCGACCAGCAACGACGACCUGAAGUUCGUCAAGGUGCGUAUGCGGACGACCAAGGUGCCGCAGAUUGGCGACAAGUUCGCGUCGCGUCACGGACAGAAGGGUACGAUCGGUAUCACGUACCGACAGGAGGACAUGCCGUUCACGCGGGAAGGCGUGGUGCCGGAUCUGAUCAUUAAUCCGCACGCCAUUCCGUCCCGUAUGACAAUCGCGCAUUUGAUCGAGUGUCAGCUUAGCAAGGUGUCGUCGCUGCGUGGGUUUGAGGGUGAUGCGACACCGUUCACGGAUGUGACGGUCGACUCGGUCUCCCGGCUGCUGCGCGAGCACGGCUACCAGUCGCGUGGGUUCGAGGUGAUGUAUAACGGGCACACGGGGCGGAAGCUGGUGGCGCAAGUUUUCCUGGGGCCGACGUACUAUCAGCGUCUGCGACACAUGGUGGACGACAAGAUCCACGCCCGCGCACGGGGGCCGACCCAGAUCCUGACGCGGCAGCCUGUGGAGGGCCGUGCUCGCGACGGUGGACUGCGAUUCGGUGAAAUGGAACGCGACUGUAUGAUUGCGCAUGGAGCUAGUUCCUUCCUCAAGGAGCGGCUCUUCGACGUUUCCGACCCGUUCCGCGUGCACAUUUGCGACGACUGCGGGUUGAUGACGCCAGUAGCAAAACUGAAGAAGGGCCUCUUUGAAUGUCGAUUGUGCAACAAUAAGCACCGAAUCUCGCAGGUCCACAUUCCAUACGCGGCCAAGCUGCUGUUCCAAGAGCUGGCCUCGAUGAACAUUGCGGCGCGCAUGUUUACCAACCGGUCUGGGGUGUCGGUGCGGUGAUUGGACCUCUGGGGAUUGGCAAUUGGCAAAUUUCUGCGAUGGAUUCGGCAUGACUGGCGUCUGGUUCUUCUUGAUUUUCUACUCUUUUUUCUACUUUUCUUUCUACUCGAUUCGUUUUUUGUUUCCCGAUGAACCGUGCCUACUUGACUAUGGACUCUGAAGGCAUUUUGGCCGAUGAAUAGGUGCGGGCGAUGCUUUGGCAGCAGACUUGUAUAUGGGAAAUAAAAAAGAAAAGCCCUCACUAUCUAGUAUUGACAUAAUGCAAAUGGAGAUAUCCACU